GCAACAGAAGGAAGAGUUCGCCCAUAUGCUGCAGAACCUCGACGUUGGAAUAUCAGAGUGGAAAGUGCCCCCUCCCCAUCUUCAAGUAUAAAUCCUCUUAUGCGGACGAGUUUGCAAUCCAUCACAAAUCAGCUCUGGCUUGCAGUCGGGGACUGCAGGCAGGUGAGGAGGGCGAGGGGUCAUUUUCCCUUAGGAUAUGAGAAGAUAACGCCAAAAUUGCUUGAUUCUCUGAUGGACGCCGGAUCUAAGAUCGGGGAACACGAGGACGCGCUGACGACAUUGUCGCAGGUAUGGUGUGGAAAAAUGCAUUACCCACGAACCCAUAAGUAGUCAAGAUCGCACUUUAUUUGCAGGACAAAUCGAGAAGAACUGUUGGGAGUUCUACGAAGCACACCUUGACAUCCGCAGUGUUAUAGUCGCGUUUGGUGUGUAUGUGUAGGUGUAGCGUCGUGGCCGUAUGUAUCAGAAAGCCACCUUCUACUUGUUCCGAAAGAGCACUCUCUACUUAGAGCAGCACGAGUUCCUGAUGUUCCCAAACAACGUUUACAAAAUGCCUAUGUCUCAACCCCUGUACACACCAGAUCUGCAGGACAACUAUGUCUAUGGGGUGGUACAAGGGGGGGGCGCAAAGUGUCCACGUGCUGCAAUCCCUUUGGCAUGACAACUCUGGGGUAUGGGUAUCUGUCGGUUUUUCCACCGGAUAGCAGGGCGAAACCUGGCGAGACAUUCACGACCUUUUUUCCACAAAGAGAGGUAAUGUGGUAUCAUCUUGAAUAAAUGUGCCCCUACAAUCGAGCCGCCACGAAAGCACGGGAAGUGUUUGUAUUGCUGAUGUUCUUACCCACUGUCCCCGGGAUAGCGAAAGUCUGUGUUGCGGGCUGGCACAGUGGUAGUAGAUCUAUUAUUGAUUCGUCAGCUUAGAAGAGCUGCAAAACAAAUCCUCGCUUUCGUGCCGGCGGGGCACUCUUAUUUCACCUGAAUAUGUGGACCUGAAGGACCCAGAAAUGCUGUCGGAUUUGCACCAAAUCAACGCGGAGACGAAAGCCGCAAGUGAUAUGGUAUAGGUGUAGCGCACAAGCAGCUCCUUCAGAAUGAAUUUGAGAUUGAGUUUCUUUGUCCUUUUACUUCUGUCACUUUUUUUGCGCUUGAGCGCUCGAUUCUUUUUCUUUAAAAGGAGCUGAAACGCACGGCAAAAUCAAUAUAAUCAAUGACAACUCAUUCCCAGUUCCGCGAUGCGUACGAGUCCGUGGCCGGGAUUCUGAAAGAGCUGCAUUUGACCCCAGACCAAACUGCGGAUUACCUACGGGAUAGCAAAAUUGCCGCGGCCGAGAUCUUCGGGGAGCAAGCGAAGAGCACGGGGCACACGGUGGAAGACCAAUUGCAAAACAUGGAGUCCGCGACCAAGAUGGUUGAGAAGUUUUUGUAGGGUUUUGCCAACAAUAAAUAGAAAUUCUGUAUAUAGAUACGCCGAACUUAAGUUUUAUGAAUUUGCUGUUGUUGAGCUGUUUUUACUUUCAGUAUUAUUUGGAAAAAUUUUGCAGGAUGGUAGUGGUACUUAUCAAAGCGAAAGUUGAAUAGAGCUCUCUUACUUACUUUAACCUGGCGGAAGAUUUUGCAACUGUGCGGAAGAUUCUUGUGCCACUUGGAACUUGGGACUACAGCCUGUUUGUUGCAUGGACGAACUAGAACUAGCACAAUUUAGUCAGGUCGAGAAGGUAGACUGCCGGGACUUCCUUGACUCAAACAAUUUCAAAGAAACUUUUGAACAGACUCCUUUUGGAGUUUCCCACGACAGCAGCUUUAUAACAAAAAUGUGGUCUGCGGAAAGGGAUGAAGUGGAGGACAGCACGAUGUGUCGGCGACAAUAUUGG